AUGACCCCUCCUCCCCCUGGGAAAUCCCCUGCCGGAUGGGAUCCUUCACUAGACCAUGGCGCCGGCCGCCGAGCCCGCGAAGUCUACAGCAUCUUCCACCCUCAAAAUCACAUUUCGCCUAUCGCAGAAGAUGUGACAUGGGCUUUUGAUUCAGAUCUCUCUCCGCACGGGGCCUUGAAUGCUCAGUAUCUUCCCCCAUCCAGCAGCCCCCGCCUGUACGCCGGGAACAGCCACCCAUCCCCCUUGAUACCGGAGCCGCAUCUGGGUCACCACAAUGCAACCUUGACAUCAUUCGCUCAACUCGCGGCGUUACGGCUGGACGUUGAGCGUGUUCUGAUUAGCGUCUCCGAUCAAGACUCGCAAUAUAUCAUCGCUCAGGCCGCGCAAACAAGCCAAGGGGACUUGAAUUUGCAAGAUCUGGGCGAUGGGAUUUGGAAUGGAAAUGCCAGCCUGUCGCUGGAUGAGUGGACCAUGUGCAAGGACACUCUGGAUCUUCCCCCUUCCAACAGGGAGAAGAAGGACUACUCCUUCGUUGAGGUCAAUGAUUUGAGCCGAGAUGAGCGAUACCGAGAUCUGCCCUUCGUCCGAGGGGAUCCCGGCUUCCGCUUCUACGCGGGAACGCCAUUGACAGCAGCAAAGAGCAUUAACAUUGGCUCUAUAUUUGUCCUGGAUAAGAGACCACAUCCCAAUGGAUUGUCAAAGCUAGACAAAGAAGCCCUGGUCACUGUUGGCGCUCUCGUUACAGAAUACCUGUCUGUCAGUCGUCAAGCAACCGACGGCCGGCGCGCUGCGCGGCUCUCGCAGGCCCUGAACCAAUUUGUUGAAGGCAGCUCAGAAUUUGAAGCAGCGAGUCUUCCCACCACACCUGCCCCGGGCGCAGGUUCGUCUUUGUCACCGCCACCUCGCUCCACACGGUCUGCCCCGCGGUCCGCUGAAUCUGCGGGCGGCAAUGAGGUUCGUUCUCAGCGAUCCUACAGCUCUCGGCAGACGUUGAGUCAGGGUAAGCGUUCCUCCGGGACACGGUCAAGAUCGCGGAACAGGCGUGGGUCCACAUCUAUAUCAGAGGCCAGUGCACGCCAAGACAUGGAGGCCUCGGCUGGCGAUUCUUGGAUGUUUCAACGAGCAGCCAACCUGCUUCGCGAAAGCCUGGAGCUGGGAAAUGACGGAGGAGUGAUCUUCCUCCGAGCCGAUCCCACUUUGCAGUAUGACUCAAGAUGGGGUGGCGAGAAAUAUUCCCGCCAGCCUCCUGGUUUGCCUCAGGUUCUGGCAGUAUCCACCUCCCAGGAACCCUUCUCCCCACGGUCAGGGUCAACGACGGAGUACCCAGCAUCGGAGCUGAGUCUGGAAUUUCUUCAUCAAUUGUUCUGUCGAUACCGUCAUGGAAGGCUAUGGUCGUUUCAUCGCGAUGGGCUGCUAUCUAGUUCUGAUGAUGAUCGACCCCAGACACACCUCGACGAGACCGCAGAAGGAUCGAAAGGAUUAAAGGUCUCUGAGAAUACGACGCUCAAUCGCUAUUUCCCUGGAGCGACCCAGGUUGCUUUUGUGCCUCUUUGGAACGCGGCUGAUUCGCAGUGGUUUGCCGGUUGCUUUUGUUGGAACACCCUGGAGACGCGUGUUUUUAACCCAUCUGUCGAGCUGAGCUCAAUGCUCGGAUUUGCGUCAUCCAUCAUGGCCGAGUUCAAUCGCAUGCAAUCUGUUGCCGCCGACCGCCAAAAGAGUCAUUUCAUCGGUAGUAUCUCGCACGAACUGCGUAGUCCCCUGCACGGCAUUAUGGCUGCCGGCGAAUUUUUGCACGACACCCGUCUGAAUGACUUUCAACGGUCAUUGCUAGACACCAUCUCCAAGUGCGGACGUACCUUACUCGAUACCAUGAAUCAGGUUUUGGAUUACAGCAAGACCAUGUCUGCCGAGCGAGGACGCGCUCAUACAAAGCGGCGCACCACGAAGAGAACUAACUCCGGCGCAUCCUUACUCGACACAUCCGUGGCAACGGAUUUGAGUGCGUUGGCCGAGGAAGUCGUGGAAGGGGUGCAUCUGGGCCAUGCGUAUGGGCAAAGGUCCUCGGCGCCGUCCGAUUGUCCCGAUGACAUGGUGCAGUCGCUGGCCUCAACAUCCUGCGCGAUGGACCAGCACGCAGUGGAAGUACUAUUGGAUAUCGCGCGACACAAUUGGAUAUUUCAGACUCACCCGGGAGCUCUGCGUCGGAUCAUCAUGAAUCUCGUUGGGAACGCUCUAAAAUACACCGAGGCGGGGAAAGUAUUGUUAGAAAUGACGUUGACGGAAGCGCCUCAGAAAAAGUCUGGUUAUGGUAAACCCAGAGACAUCCUACUUCUUACAGUAUCAGAUACGGGGAAAGGCAUAUCCGAAGAGUUCCUGCGAAAUCGGCUCUAUACUCCUUUUGCACAGGAGGAUCCGUUGGCUGUGGGUACGGGCUUGGGGCUAUCUAUCGUUCGCAGUCUGGUAAAAUCGCUCGAAGGCAACAUUACCUUCCAAAGCUGUGCUGGCGAGGGUACCACAGCGAAGGUGUCGAUCCCUCUCGUUUGCCCGGGGCUGGAAGAGGUGUCGGUGGAGCGUCGGCUCCAGGAAUUGACGGUGCAGGGCAACAAGGGCACAGGAAUAAUUGGUAAAUAUGCGGGACAGCGAGCAAGUGUGGUUACUGAGGGAGAUGGAGACAAGACCGAGUUAUCACCCCGGUGGUCAAUUAUCAGUCGCUACCUGGUGGACUGGUUCGGCAUAGAGCUUAUACCGCACUCCUCUCACUUACCCGUGGAUCUCAUGCUUGUGGACGCAGGUACCACCGUCACUUUCGAAGCCGACACCAUAUUACCACCUAUUGUUGUCUUCUGGGACCCCUCAAUACCGCAGUCCAACCCGCUGCCUGGCUGGCUGUCCACUGCCCCUACUGUUAAUUUUGUGCGUCUGCCGUGCGGGCCAUGGAAGCUGGCCGCUGCGAUUGAGCGUUGCAUGAAUCAACAAUCAGAAACUCCUGCUGCUAUUCAGUCAGCGGUUGUGCCUGAAGAACCGGACGAGCAACAAUCAGCAGCCAUUACACAGUCCCGGCCAUCAUUAUGCUCGUGCCAAAGGUCUUCUGCUCAGAAUACGGAGAUGACAAGAACGGCGCGAGGGCCACGUGUCUUGGUGGUCGAGGAUAAUCCAAUCAAUCGAAAUCUCAUUCUAACCUUCUUGAAGAAGAGGCACCUGGCGUUGCUUGACACUGCCGAGAAUGGAAAACAGGCAGUUGAAGCGGCGGAGCAGGUCAAGGAGGGCUACGACCUGAUCUUCAUGGAUAUCUCGAUGCCAGUGAUGAACGGAUUCGAAGCUACACGCGCCAUUCGGGCCCUGGAAAGGGAGCGAGACGGUGGCGUAUCGGCUAAGAUUAUUGCGCUUACCGGCCUGAGUAGUGCACAGGAUGAAAGCGAGGCGUUGGCCUCGGGAAUGGACAUGUUCGUGACGAAGCCAUUCUCUUUCGAGAAAAUAUCCCAGUUUCUGGACAAUUGGGAGCAGGACAGAUUAUAAUGGCGACAUAUGAGGACAAAGGAGCCACAGCAGACAAAUUUGGCUUCAUCUUGCCCUCACACUGGCUUCUUUCAUUCAUUAUUUUAUUCAUUGUUUUCUUUUAUCAGGUUUGAUGUGGCUUAUAUACGUGGCUAAUGCGGUUUUGCGGUUUGCGAAGGGGACUCUGAUUGUUGUGUCACGUAUACGGUUUAGGCGCUCGAUACCCCAUUGACGAGUUUAGUUUAUGAAUUAGAUUAUCUUACGAUCUUUCUUUGUCGAGAGCUGCACCGUAUCGAACAGGAAUGAUGAACAGCUCGACCUUGCCGGAUUAUAUGGUGUAUUUGAGUUUGGCAAAUCCAUACGCGCAGACUGCGCACCCGCGUG